AACAUUAUGGUAAACCACACCCCUACACUCACAGGAAGCCCUGUGUGUGCUCAAACCCCCAGUUCAGCAGGCACAGAGAGAGAGAGAGAGAGAGGGAGAUAGAGAGAGCAGCAGAUAGAGCCGUUGAGAGAAACCAAGUUUUUAUAAACUCAGGAAAUCAUAUCAUAUGAGAAACAGACAGAAGAAGCUGUGAUUAACGAAGAAGGACAGAUGAUGUGUUAGAGGGGGGAAGAGGGAGGGGAUGGAGGGUAUGUGUUGCCUGAUGCUUCACCGUGCUGCUUUCUGACGCGAUGUGGCUUCAAGUUGGAAGACGGAGGACGCCAUUGUCUGAGUGAUCUGGACCACCAGUUGAUCAGUGCACGACAUACAAUAAAGUUCAGCUUUGGUAAAAAAUACAAUUUCUCUGGGACGCUGCAGACAACAGGACAAUAGUGGCGACUCCUCCUCGUCACUGUGGACAGCAUGGAUAUUCAAACAAGCCCAUCACAAGACUACACACAGCUUUCCUGAUACAAGCUCCCUGCUGGUUGACAAGGCAGCUCAACAGAAAACAGCCCUCGGCUUAAGAUGGACUUUAUUAACCAAAGCUGUAACACCACUGAGGAUAUGCGCAGGUACCAGCGCAACAUAUAUGCAGUGGUGUACAGUGUGAUCCUAGCACCUGGCCUGCUAGGUAACGUGCUGGCGCUCUGGGUGUUCGGUGUCUACAUCAGAGAAACCAAAAAGGCUGUGGUGUUCAUGAUGAACCUGGCUGUGGCCGACCUGCUGCAGGUGCUCUCUCUGCCUCUGCGGAUUUACUACUACUUGAACAACACCUGGCCCUUUGGAAAUGUCCUCUGUAUGAUCUGCUUCUAUCUCAAGUACGUCAACAUGUACGCAUCCAUCUACUUCUUAGUGUGGGUCAGCGUGCGUCGCUGCCAGCUCAUCAUGCAUCCGUUGAGGUACAGCUCAUCCAGGCGGAAGGGGGACAUGUGUAUCUGUGGCUUUGGCUGGCUGUUCGUCUGUCUGGGCUGUCUGCCGUUUCCUCUGCUGAGGAACCCUGUUGCUGCCCAGUACAUCAACUCAAGUGAUCAGCUCCUUGCCUCAGCUGCUUUCAACGCCACACCGGUGUGUUUCUCAGAGCUGCCCCUACGGCCCGUCAGUGGUCCAGUAGCCUUGAGUCUCCUGAUCCUAGCGGAGAUGGUGGGCUUCAUCAUCCCCCUCAUCCUGGUGUUGGCCUGUGCCUGUCUGACUGCGGGCAGCCUUCGGGAGGUGAGAGAUGGGGCGAUUCCUGACCAAGGAGAGAAGCGGAGGGCGUUGAGGAUGGUGCUGAGCUGUGCUGCAGUCUUUUUGGUGUGCUUCGCUCCUUACCAUGUGACCAUGCCCCUGGAUUUCUUGGCCAAAGCCAACGCUCUCAGCAACUGUGCCCUCAGGAACCAGAUUCUGCUGUGCCACCCCAUCACACUCUGUCUGGCCAGUGUGAACUGCAGCCUGGACCCGAUCAUGUACUAUUUCACCACAGAUGAAUUCAGGAGGCGACUGAGCAAACCAGAGAUUCCGGAGGGCAGGACUGUCAGAAGGAAACUGUCCUGCAUCACAGGACAAGAGAAGGCAGAGGACAACUAGACUGCAGUCAUAUUGAAGGAUCAAUAAAUCUCAACCAUAAAACAUUGACAUUAAUCCUGUUCACUCCAGCAAACUAUGGCGAUAUAACUUAACAGGCAUACCAGUAAGAGAAAAUAUGGGAGAAAUAACUUUAAAUGUGAAUUUGUAUUUCUAUUUAUUUUUCAAUAAAACGUGUCUGCUUUUUCUAAUUUGAAUUUUCAUCAGUGCAAACAUCUCUAACCAAGAUACCUGCAAAACCUCUAAUACAGCUCUAAGGCUAGUUUGCAUAGGAUCAUAAAAAUGUGACUGCGGGCUUUCAUUGGAUCUAUAAUAAAAAAUCAAACUGCCAAAAUGUUCAGUAGGUAAAGAAAUGUAACUUUAUUCAACAACAAAGUGAAGUUCAGUUCAGUAGCUGUACACAACAUUGUUUUUUUGAUCUAUUCUUCUAGUUUUCAGUUAAAAAGCGGAGACAGAAACAGUUUUACAAGCACACUUCCUGUCCGAUUGUCUCUCUGUGCAGACAUUGUGUGGGAAACUGACUUUAUUUGCCAAAAAAGCCAAUUUUUCAUACAAGUUUUUUCUUUAUGACUUUCAACAUCAAACCAACACAUUUGUGCAGAUAAUUGUUACUGUAGUAACAUUUUUAAAUAUAUAGUGUU